AAAAAAAAUUAAAAAACGUUAUUCUUCAUCUUCUUUUCGGAGUGGAGAAAGGUUUCGACUUUCGUUACGAACCAGACGAGUGAUUUGAAGAAGAUGCAUUCUUUUGGAUACAGAGCGAAUGCGCUGCUAACGUUCGCUGUCACGAUACUUGCCUUCAUAUGCGCGAUCGCGUCCUUCUCUGAUAACUUCAGUAACCAAACACCCUCUGCUCAGAUCCAGAUAUUGAAUAUCAAUUGGUUUCAGAAGCAACCCCAUGGAAAUGAUGAGGUCAGCUUGACACUGAACAUAACAGCAGACUUGCAGUCACUAUUUACUUGGAACACAAAGCAGGUAUUCGCUUUCGUAGCAGCAGAGUAUAAAACCUCAAAGAAUUCUCUGAACCAGGUUUCUCUAUGGGAUGCCAUAAUACCAGAGAAGGAGCAAGCCAACUUCUGGAUUCAAAUCUCAAACAAGUACCGUUUCAUAGACCAGGGACACAACCUCCGAGGGAAAGAGUUCAACUUGACACUGCACUGGCAUGUUAUGCCCAAGACUGGCAAGAUGUUUGCUGACAAAAUAGUCAUGUCUGGUUAUCGUUUACCCAAUGCAUACAGAUGAUUUUAUGAAGAGUAGUAGGCCUUCAUGCAUAAUGUCAUCUAGUUGUGUGUUUUCAGUUGUUCAGUCGUUGAAACAUUGUUUUGUAAUGGAACUUAUGAGCUAAUAACUUGUAGACUAAUCCUUUUGAUUCACAAACUAUAAAAAAAUCCAUAGAAAACGAGAAUCGCAA